AUGUCCGCUCACUAUCCAGUGAUAUAUUCGGCACGCGCCAUGCACCGUAUACUCACCAACGCUUGUCUCGCUGGCGAGGACAUCGACGAGCUGGAGAAAAAGGCCCUCAGCAGAUCGCACACCGCACACGAUCUGAUCGAAAUCGCACCCGAAGAUGAAGACCGUCUCCACAACUGGGAUCUACAACACACAACGGUUCGCUCAUACCCCAACCCACUUUCCGCAGAACGUCACCGUGCGAUGAUUGCCGUCACCCCUCACUUUGGCAUGGCUCUCUCUGCCGUUGAGCAGCAAGAUGUCGCCCGUCAAGAAGAAGCUGCUCGUCAACAAGCUGAGAUCUUGCGUCAAUCAGAUGCUGCUGCCCGCCAACACGAAGCAGCCCGUCAACAAGAGUUCACCCGCCAGCAAGAACUCGUCCGUCAGCAGCAUCUCGCCCAACCAAACUCUUUCAACACCACAAUCUCACCACCAGAACUCGCACACAACGUCAGAUUGGUUUACAAGAUGCCCUCGAGCUACUCCACCGAGAUCAACAAGCUCUGUCGCCAUGAGUCUUGGCGGAUUGGUUGUCUGUCUUGUAAACAGCAUCACACCAAACGCCAGUGCGCCGAGGCCGAAGCGAAGCUGAGACAUGUCAGAGGACUUCUGAAAGUCUUGGACGACACCAAACAGCAGUCAAAGCGCCUCGAGGCUGAGAAACAAGACGCUCUAAGCCGCCAAACUUCUUUACAGACACUCGUGCAGGGCUUGAUGGAUGCCUCCGGUAUCGUGGCUCAGAAGAUUCGGAGAAUCUCUGAUGAGAAUGAGCCCGACAUGCUCGCGAAUGCCUUCGAAGAUGAUGCCGCCUGCCGCGAACAGGAAACGGACGAUCUUUGGGGUUCCAACUGUCCUAAGUUCAAGACAGAAGACUCUACUCGCACCUCUUGGUUUAAAGGUCUGGAUCGAACCAAGAUUCCCGCCAACCCCGACUACCUUGUCAACAAUCCCAUCGGCCUAGAAGUCUUUCUGAGACUCACCAAACACAGAACACUCUCACACCCAAUGUCGGCAAUCGGACUGCACCCCGGACCUGCCUUUAUGAGCUAUGGUAGCGCUGUUGCCAAGUAUGGCCCACCUAAGGCUCCUGGCAAAGACUAG